CCUCUACGUCAGAGAGAAAAAAAACCCUUACGAUGGCGGACGUUUUGGACAUUCACGAAGCAGAAGGAGAUGAAGAAUUUCAGGUUGACGAGGAAUCUGAUCAAAGUAUUCAGAAGCUGAGGCAAAGCGUAAAAAAGAGGAAAGGGAGAGGAUUUGGCGCUGAGGGAGGAAUCCGUACUGCUGAUGAUGAAUUCCAGGGUCUUGAGAUUGAUACAAGUGAAACAGGGCCUCAAAGAUCUGUAGAAGGCUGGAUAUUAUUUGUGACCGGAGUGCAUGAAGAGGCUACAGAGGAGGACGUAAGGGAUAAAUUUGCUGAUUAUGGAGAGAUAAAGAACACACAUGUCAACCUUGACAGGAGAACAGGUUACCUCAAGGGCUACGUGUUGGUGGAAUUUGAAACAUUCAAAGAAGCACAGAAAGCUAUGGAUGCCUUAAACGGUGAAGAGAUCUUAGGUCAAACAAUCAACGUUGACUGGGCUUUCGUCAGGGGACCACAUGAAGUAGGAUCAAAGAAAAGGAGUGGGAGAAGGCGUUAACACACGUAUUGAAGGAGUAUAGGAUCUUUGUAAAAAAUUUCUUGUUGUAUAUGCCUCAACCAUGUGACCCAGUGGAGAGGAAAAGCUGAUCAUCUGGGUUUUUGUAAAAAAAUUUAGCAAUCUUGAACCUACUGCAUAAAAACUGGCAUUGAUAGUAACUUUCCCAUCAGUGGUCACUAUCAUGGUGAUAACGCUAGCCAAGUUAAUGUGGACAUCAAGAGUCUUUCUUAAGCUGUGAUAAAGAGUCUAUAAUGUGACGUUUACUUGAGUAUCAUCCAAUAUUCCAAUCUCACCAAAGUGUUGUGGUUUUGUUUUUUGUUUUGUUUUUAGAAAUAAUUUUUCUUACAAAAUCAGUGAUUUGAUAUAAGAAAGUUAAUACAAAUGGUUAUAUCGAAAGUAAAAUACAAAUGAUUAUAUCCGAAAUUUCAGCCCAUUCCACGCUUGAGAAGUGAUGUUUAUAAAAAGGGAAAAAAUGUUCAGAUAUUUUUGUUUUCAUCAGGCACUUGAUGAAAAAUAGAUAUUUCUUCAAAAUUGCAAAUUUCAAGGGCUGAGUCGUUUUUUAUAUCAUACCUUUCUUUCCAUAAUAGUUUUAGGACAUGCACAUUCAUAUUAUGUUGUAAUGGACUGGAACAAUGAUGUACACUCUUACCAAAACUCGAGAGAGACUUUAAUUAACAUUGAUGGCAAAGCUACUUUCGAUGUUUUGUUUCAAGCAAUGCUCUCUUCCUGAACAGAACAGUUCUCUAUUAAUGCAGAGGUAUUUCACAAAGAAUUGCAUUGGAAUGGAAUUGCUGCAUGCACUACAAAUGCAUUACUGACUGCAUUGGAUACAUUGUGCCCACGGUAAGUGUGUUGGCAAUCCAUCAAAGAAAUCAAUAUUGCAUGCAUACUUUGUAUUACACAUUACUCAAUAUAUUCUCUUGACUCUCUGUGAAACUCCUUUAUCUUCUUCCAAGGCCAAGGUAUUUGUACAGAACAUGUUAUUGUAAUGCUGGGACUUCUAAUCAAUUCAGAAAGUGCAGUCACAUUUGAUGGAUGCAUGGUCCAUUCAUCACAUUGAAAAUCGGUUAAAAAAAAAAAUAUGAGAGAUGCUAGCAAGUAAACAAUGAAUGCUCAGCAAAUGCCUAACAUUCUUUUAGUGCUGUACAAAUGAGCAAAGAAUGUUGAAAGUGAAUAUACAAUGUACUUGACUUAUUGGUAUUUUUGUUUUCAUUAUGCUGGCUAUGUCACUUUUGUGUGACUUCCAUUUAUUUCUACCUAAUAUUGGCAAUUUGUAUCAAAUCUUUUAUAAUUAAAAGUAUCAAUUCUUCCUUUGCUGUCCGGUGCAUAUGGUCUUUGAAACCACUUGGCCACAAAAAAAAAACAAUGUUAGAGACACAAGGGGUCAAGCCCUCAGGUAGCUUCAUGAGUUUAAUUUUGCAUACUCUACACAUCUUGAAAAAGCAAAAUGUCUGCCGUUACCCAAUCAUGAAUUUGAAUCCACGGUAUUCUCCCUGUAAGAUUGAUGCAGCUAUAACUACUCCAUCCCAGCUUGGUUCAAUUUCAGAUCAUAGCCUGCUUUUUGGUGUAUGAAGUAGAUCAUUUUACUACGAAGUAAAUUAUUGAAGGUUGCUAUGGUUCGUUCUAAAAGGUAUCAGCAAUCUUACCCAAAAAAAAAGAGUUUUGUAAUGGCUCCUUCGAUUGUUCAGACACACAAAUCAUAUUGGAAGCUUUUGUCAUAUUUUGUAUGAUCAGUGGUAUUAUUGAACAUUAGAAUUCCAAGUAAGAUAUUAUAUGUUUUGAAAUGUUUCCUGUAAAUACUUUGAUACAUGUAUGCCAAUAUAGUUGGCUACAUUUUGUUAUUUGAUUGUUCUACAAAGUCUGAAACAAUUUACUUUCUUUUUUUAAUUAUUAUUUUUGUGUAUGAACUUCUGUAUGAAAAGAUUAUUGGAUCAUAUAAACUGGAUGUGUUUCCAUUGUGAGACAUUUUAUUGGCAUUUACAGUGAACUCCUAUCCCUGCCACAGCUUUGAAAACAUGACAAUUUUCUUGAUUCUUCAUAUUAGGUUUCAAGUUUAUUUACAUCCAUAUUUCGAAGUAUCAGUAUCAAAGACACUAUGUUAUUGGUAUGCACAUGUAUUUCUGUCCAUAUUAAAAAAAUAUAGGGCAUAUUUAUCAUGUUGCUUAUGGCAUUUUCACUUGUGUGUACAUUCAUCUUGUGGAAGGGCGUGAGUUAAAGAGAGAUCUGGGCCUGGUAUCACAAAGAGCUGUAAUUGAUCAAAUUUUCACAACUAUAGAAAGCCAGGAACGUCAACAUCUAAAUGCAUGUCUGUUCAAAAUAUUUUUAGAUAUGCUGUGUAUUUAUGCAUACAUUAUCUGUUGGAAAUUUAGUGUGCUUCUUUGUUUGAAAAGGACAUUGUGCAAAUUUCCUGUAGAAAAACUUAUAUUGAUAGAUUUCCGUAAAAUUGAGGCUGAUCGGAUCAAUCAUAGGUUAUUCAUAGCAGUUUGUAAAACAGGACCCUGGUGUAUACUUGUAUUGGUUUUUUCAAAUGUUAUUAUGCAGAUCAUGAAAUGGACGAUGGUAAUAUUAGGGCAAUUCCAUAAUAUCUGAUUCUCAAUGUGUCAGAAACUCCUGAAAUAAUUUGACAAUCUUUGCUGCUUCGUGUUGUCAAAGGAUUAUGGCUUGAUUUGAACCAUUCUUAAAGUAAUGUUAGAAUGGAUUAAAAUGGCGGCCGGAAGCUCAAAAAGGUUGAUUAGUUUAUGAAAUUGCCCUAAUAGUUAACUUAUUUUUAUCUUUUUCAUGUUGUUGCUCUUUAAUGUGUCGCAGAAAAUCCAUCCUUUUUCCAUGUUAACUUGUUGAUAGUAUUAAGACUUUUUACACUUGUUUGCAAGUGGUCAUUAUGGGUAGGAGAAUUUUUACACCAUUUCUGACAUUACUUUGGACUUUUCUAUGUAUUUAACAGUCUUUGAUCAUUCAUGAGAGCUCUGAAUAUCAUUUCCCCAGCAUUGUUGAUGUCUUUAUCAAUUAUAUAAAAAAAAUCAUUAAAAUUCAAAAUUUCCAACCAAUGUUGUAAUUAGUGUGAUGUCAGCAAAUCUUUUAGAAAUCACCUGAUCUCAGUAUAAUUGAUUUCCUUGGGAUAAUGAUCGGAAUCACAUUUGUAAAAUAUUUUGAUGCCAAAAAUGUGAAAUGAAAUCGCAGUACAUGUUCACACAUCCUUUCCAGUGGUUACAAAUAAUUUGUUCAACCUUUUUAUGUAAAAUUCAGAUAAAAAUAAAAAGAAAUAAACACAAUCUUUUUAUCAGA